UGUGGGCUCCACUUUCUAUUACGUGUAGAGACAAAAAGCACAAGGGUUUCAUUUCGAGUUUUCGCUCAGAAAUAUAAUAAUUAGAAUUUGGAUACAAUAUAGUUGCUUACCUCUUGGCUGCUUUCUACUCUUAGUUCGUCUGUUCUUUCUAGUUUUACUGAUGUUCAAACGGUAAAAGAUGUUUGGAUAACUGCUACUAGAUUGUUUGCUGCCGUUUCUGGUUCUCAACUUGCGCGUAUUCGCCAUGAGCUUCAUUCGCUCAAGAAGGGUGUCAUGUCAAUUAAGGAUUAUGUUUCUAAGAUUCAAAAUACGUGCGCCUUGAUCGAGGCGACUGGAUCUCGAAUUUCUGACUCCGAGAAGGUUGAGAUUGUUCUUGGCAGUUUGUUAUCGGAGUUUGACGCCGUUUUAACUCUUGUGUCUUUCUCGACUGAGUCGUUUUCGUUUCAACGCUUGGUUGAUGUGUUGUUGGAGGUUGAGCGUCGCCAGACUUUUGCUCGUACGGAUCCAGAUCAACCGCUGCAGGCUCAUUUUGUCAAGACUGUUGCCGCACCGCUGGUUACUUCCGAUCAGGGACGUCCUCCUGCAAGCCGUGAACGUGCUUUUCAGUCGCGGGUUCAGUGUCACAUUUGUGGCCGUUUUGGUCACUUGGCUCAACGCUGCUAUUACCAGUUUAGUCGAGAGUAUGUUUGCCCGGCGUCUGGUGUGCGCGCGACUUUGUCUAGUUCUGGUGGUCUUGGUCCGAAUGGUGCUUCGAGUUUUGGUGCGCCUCCGGUGAAGGGUUCUCAUGUGCCAACGAGUUGUCCGUCGAACCAGUGGUGGACUUCUCCCUCGGCGACUCCCUCAUUUACGGCUCCUGUAAUUUUUCCCUCGGUUGCGGCACCUCUAGUGCGCCCGUCUUCUGUGGCUACUCCUUCCUUUUGGCAGGGUCGAUUUUCCCAGAAUGGUUGUUAUGAUGCAGGCCUGGAUUUUGGUUUUGGAUCUCAUGGUGGGCCCAGGGGUGAUUCUUUUCAAUUGAAAACUGGGUUGCCUAGGCCGCCUGUUGGGCCUUCAUUUUUUGGUAUUCCUUCGUCGCAUGAUAGACCACAUACAUGGGCUGUUCCGAAUGUGGGGUCUACUUCAACGUUUGAUGAUCAGUGUGAGAGCCUUGGUUUUCAAAGUCGUGAUCAUUCAAAUUGUGUUCAAUUUUUAGGUUUCGGUGAUAGUGGUUUUUCACCACCGUGUAUUGGGUUGUCUCGUCUUCCCGAUCUUCAUUCCUCUAACAUCUCGAAUUCCACCGGUUUCGAUAUUAAUUCUACUAAUUUUGGUACUGAUUCCUAUAUUCCAGUGCUUGUAGGGACAUCUACGUGGUAUCCGGACUCCGGUGCGACGCAUCAUAUUUGUCGUGACUCUUCUGCUCUGAACGAGGCCACUCCGUAUUCAGGUACAUCUCCUUUGCUCAUGGGUGAUGGCACUCCUGCACAAAUUUCACAUGUUGGCAGUUCUAUGUUAUCCACGUCGGGAUGUCCAGACUCGAGAAAUUUUAUUACGGGGCCACAUUCAUAAUGGCAUUUAUCAAUUUUUGCCGCCUGCGUCUGCUCAUACUGCAGUGGUUGCUUCUGAUCCUGUUUCAACUUCUUCAACUGAUGAUCCUAUUUUUAUGCUAUGGCAUCGACGACUUGGUCACCCAUCUGUUCCUGUUCUGUUUUAAAUACUUGUCAAGUUGUUUUUCAUACUUCUGGUUCUACGAAUGUAUAUGUUGCAUGUCAGAAAGGAAAAUUUCAUAAAUUGCAUUUUACUUCUUCUACUA